AACAAUGUCUUCCAUGCUUAUCGAUCUUUAUUUCGUUUUGAACGCUGGCGUCUGGCAAAAGAAGGUACUUGUGCCGAAAGUAGCUCACUUGAUUUAGCGGAGGAACUUACAGCGGCUAUGUUGGGUGCGCCACAUGGACAGGAAACAGUUUUCAUCUAUGCAUGUGUGCAGUAUUUGAAGUGUGUUGGAAAAAUUGAAAGGCUGUUGGAAGCAUUGCUGGAGUGUUGCCAGAAAACGCCGUAUAUGUUUGUUGAAUGUUAUCGAGCUCUGCUCAUGCAUGAUUUGACUGAUGAAGCCAGGCGACUUCUUGAAAGCGUUUUGCCGCAUUCCAGUAUCGUCUCGCAUCCAGUCGUGCUGGACUGGCUGCAGCCAAGACUUUUGAAUCCCGAAGACUAUGAUCUUCCGGAAGAAAUGAUGCAGAAUAUGUGCAAAAUGUUAUUCAAUUUCUUAGAUUAUGGAUCGAACAAAAGCGACGAACGCGCCUGGGCAUUCAUCUGGACUGUGAUACAACAUGUUCAAGAUGAAGACUUUUUGCAAAUGCUUUGGAAUCCACGGAGAUCCUGGUGGCCAGAAUUUCACCGUACUGAGCUCUCAGCAUCAGCAGCUGAUUGCAGAAAUCGUGUUUUUGAGAAGCUACAAAGUCUCUGUGGGAUUUGA